AUGUCAGCUCUCGAGUCCGACGGUCUCUCCGUCAUAUUUGCUUCGGGCCGUACAGACACGCCGGAUCUGCGGCUGAUCCACUACAAUGAUGUCUAUCACGUCGAAUCCGGAUCUGCGGAGCCCGUAGGCGGCGUCUCCCGAUUUCAAUCACUCGUGAACUACUAUCGCUCCGACUCAAGAUUUGCUGGCCAAACCGACCUCCUGACCUUCUUCUCGGGAGAUGCCUUCAACCCCAGCCUUGAAAGCACUGUGACCAAAGGCAGACAUAUGGUACCGUUCUUGAACAAAGUUGGAACUGAUGUGGCCUGCGUCGGGAAUCAUGAUCUAGAUUUCGGUGUUGCACAAUUCCGCCACUUGUCAAGCCAAUGCCAUUUUCCAUGGCUAUUAGCCAAUGUUUUGGAUCCGGCACUGGGAGACGAUGUUCCAAUGGCCAAUUGUGGGAAAACCUGCAUGCUCACCUCAUCGAAUGGCAUCAAAACGGCACGAGAGCUGGCUCCACAUCUGCGUGAACAAGGCGCCGAAUUGAUUGUCAUUGUCUCCCACCAGCGUGAACCUAACGAUGAAAAAUUGGCGAGGAACCUACCACUAGGACUCGUCGAUAUUAUUCUGGGUGGCCAUGAUCAUUAUUAUGCCCACAGUAUCGUCAAUGGAAUACACGUUCUUCGGUCUGGGACGGAUUUCAAGCAAUUGAGUUAUAUCGAGGCUUUUCGGAAGCUUGGUGGAGAAGGAUUGGGUUGGGAUUUCAAUAUCAUGCGGCGCGACGUGAUACGUUCCAUUCCCGAGGACUCCGAAACGGUAGCAAUGGCUGAUCGCCUGACAUCCAGCCUCAAAGCGAAAUUGGAAAAGCCGGUUGGGUACACCGUUAGUCCACUCGAUGGCCGCUUCACCACAGUACGGCAAAGAGAAUCCAACUUGGGUAAUUUUGUCUGCGACCUAAUGCGCUUUUACCACUCUGCUGACUGCGCCAUGAUGGCGGGUGGGACCAUCCGAGGAGAUCAGUUGAAAGACUUACUGAACUGCUUCCCUUUCGAAGAUCCAGUGGUUCUACUUCGUGUCCAAGGCCAGGCUUUGUUGGAUGCUUUGGAGAAUGGGGUCAGCCAACUUCCUGCACUCGAGGGGCGCUUUCCUCAAGUCUCAAAUAUCUCUUUUGGUUACAAGCUUGAUGCACCAUCAGGGUCCCGUAUCACGUUUGCCCACGUGGGAAAUGAACCCAUUGAUCUUCGUCGGUAUUAUACUCUUGCCACUCGUGGGUAUAUGGGGCGUGGAAAAGACGGGUUUGAAUCUCUGUUAGUCAAGUGUGAGGGAGGAGAAGUAGAAGAACUUGUGUGUGAGGAAAACGGCGUUCUGAUCAGCACAAUCCUUCGUCAGUACUUCAUGAGCUUAAAGGUCCUGGGAAAAUGGCGUCGGUGGAGUGCCAGUCUUCAUCGGCACUGGGGUUCCGUGCACCGCAAUCUUCACGGAGAAGGUUGGCUGAAGCCACCAUCUGCAACCCCAUCACCAGUGGCUGAGAAGGCCCCAGCACAUCGAUUGAGUCCCCGGCCAGCUCUCCACCGAACAGGUCGAGAAGCAUACUACUAUGGCCGCUUUCCUGAGGAGGUAGACCAGAACCAAGCCUCCACCAAUGGGACCAAUAGUGAUGCCAUGGAUUCCGAUUCUGAUGAUGACCCAGACAUUCUUACAUCCCCCCGAUCGACCAUCAACUAUGUAACACGCCCUGCAAAAUCCUCUAUGGAUGAAGAUUACCGUCUGCAGUUGGCACGUCGGGUGGUUCGCAAAUGGAUGCGGCAUUCAGGUCUGAAGCCCGACACCCUUGAUAUGAUGGAUGGAGAAGGCGAGUUCACGCCAGCAUGGACAUCAGGUAUUGCGCCACGUCUUGAAGGGCGCAUUGUAGUGGAGUAG